AUGAAUAUGGAGUGCGGAUACAUCCAGGUCACGGAAAGGACGCAAAGUGACAAGCCUGCUGCGACCGGCUGGACUUGGUCUGACCCAGGCAAUUCCUUCAUCACACUCACCGGCGCUAAGGGAUCCCCUACCGUCUGUAGGCCGUCUGGCAAGGCCCCAACCUACCAGUCGACAUACCUCAACCUCGGGUAG